CGGAAACAUGUGCAUGCGCAGUGCAGCACCCCACCCCCACCCCCUACUCCGCGCGGAGGUGGUAGGUGGCGUUUGGCUGCAGGCUGAAUAAAACGCUGAAGAAAGGUCCAGAGGCAGUGUGGCAGGGGACAGUCGGGUGCGAAGUGGGUGCAUCAGGAAUAUUUUGAAUAGGAUGGCACUGGAACCUGGGCUGCCUUGAAGGAGUUCUUAUGCUGAGGAAACCGCAAGGUACCUCAGGCUUCCCUCUUGGCGAAGCAGAGUGGGGGGAAGGAAAAAACUCCCACGGACGGAGCCACCCUCGUACCUCGAGGAAGCGCAGCGAACGAACGCAGGAGAUCGCACCAGGACGUCUGUCUCUGCUUGCUUACGAGAGAAUAUGGAUUUUGCCACAAGAUGGUUCUACCUGCCUUUGGGUUGCAUGUUGCUGAUCCAUCUGACUCAUGCUGACUUUGAAUUUCAAAAGGGGGUACUUGCCAGCAACAACCCAGGGAUCAUGGAAGACAUUGAUCCUCAGUGCUGGAAUACGUGCUCUUUGACAUUGAUAGAGCUCAAGGAACUCAAGAUAGAGCACAAUGUGGAUGCUUUCUGGAAUUUCAUGUUGUUCCUGCAAAAAUCCCAGUGGCCUAGACAUUAUAAUGUCUUCUUAAGCAUAGCUCAGGAUUUCUGGGACAUGUAUGUAGACUGCUUGCUUUCAAGAUCUCAUGGAAUGGGCAGAAGACAGUUGAUGUCUCCCAGGUAUAAUUUUCUACAGAAGAUAAGAGAAUUUAAAUGUGUACUGAGAUAAUAGCAGUUUGGUUUUCUUAAAAAUUCAACAUUUAAUCUUUCUGAUUUUUAAAGUUUAUCUAAUAAGCUAGCAAAUUUGCCGUAUUUUUCCUAAUAUGAUCAGCUUUGAUUUUCAUUUUUGCUGAUUUUAUAUU